UAGCCAGCCAUGUUGCGCAGAAUGGUCUCCCUCGGCACGUCGACGAUCGGCUCUAUGCUGGGAAAGCGCCCGCGCGAGCCCGAGCCUGAGCCUCAGACCGAGGCCGAAAUCGUACCUCUCGAGGACCCUCCCAUCGUUGAAGCCGAGCCCGUGGACGAGCCCAUAAUCUUUGAUGAUGAGCAGGCCGUCUCCGACGAAUCCUCCAACUCUACCGUGCUCAACACCGAGGAUCAGGAAUCUCCUGUCAAGAAACCCCGUCUCGAUUCCCUCGCCCCAGUCCGCAAGCCCAAGGUCGUCGACUGGCGUACGAAGCCAUUGAAGCCCGUGCCUUACAAAUUGAAGAACGGCGUGAAGAAGUACGCCGAGUUCCGGAAAGAGGAGCGCCGUGCGCCCUUCAAGGCACACUGCCCGCCUUCCGUUUACCGCGCCUACGAGACAAUGCUCAGAGAUGCCCAUGAGAUCUGCGUUCUGGACUCCUGGACCCCCGAGGGCACUAUCUUUGCCAGGGACUACCACGUCCUAGGCCAGUCCGGCAAGGUCUACACCACGCAUAUCGGCAAGAGGCCCCACUGCAACUGCCCUAACUUCUUUCUGGGCAACCACUGCAAGCACAUCAUCUAUGUCUUCAUCAAAUUCCUCAACCUCCCUGUGUCCUCUUAUAUCUGGUAUCAACGCGGCCUCACGCGGCGCGAACUCUGCGACGCUUUCGCCAACGAGCCGGAGAAACGCUUCGAUGCUUCAUUCCGGGAACUUGCUGCCUACCACUGGGCCCUCCGCGUCGACGACCAGAACGUCAGCAAGCCCGACUUCAACGACCUCUGCGCGAUAUGCUGGGAGCCUCCGACGCCCGACUUCCCCAAGAGCGAGCUCAGAUAUUGCGAGGCCUGCAAGAAGGCUCUGCACAAGGACUGCUUCAAAUCUAUGGUCAAGGGUGCGAUGGAAAUAGCGGAGUUCCUGAACUACCGCAACCCCCUGCACUCGCUCGCCUGCCCGCAUUGCGCCUUCAGUUGGCUUGGCCCCAUCGAACAUCCGGAUCUUAAGGGAGAAGCGCUCAACAAGGUCGUCCAGAAGUCUGUCAGGAUCAAAGUUACCAAACAUGGAUUCACUCAGCUCGCCGACGUGCUGAAACGCAAGCCCACGAAGCGCACCAAGCACUACAUCCGCAAGCGCAAUGCUAAAUACCGCCGCCGCUACUUCGACCAGCAGUACUACUUUGGGACCGCGCGCGGUCCGAUGCCCCAGAUCGUCCGCUUCCGCCAGCUCGAGAAGCACCUCGAGCGACGUCGCCAGGAGGAGCUGCGCCGCCAGGAGGUCAUAGCGGCCGCGCAGGAGGCGGCGGCCAAGGUGAAUGUGCUGAGCAUGCAGCCAGCGUCGAUGCGCAGGAAGAAGGGCGCGCAGGUGAAGAAGCCUGCGGCGCACACGUACGAUGUGAGCCAGGCGGCGGAGCAGAAGGCGAGGCUGGAGGUGCUGGCGACUUAUCAGGCGAGCCUUGUCGCGGCGCCGUCUGCGCCGAAGGAUGUGGACGCAAGUGCUGAGGCGGGUCCGUCGCGCCUUACGAUGGCUGCUGAGGCGUAAAGCUCUUUAGGAAGAACGCUCGCUGUAAGUCGAGCUGGAUGUGUUCACGGUCGUGCAAGUGACACAACAUUACUAUCAUACCCAUUGCUCUUCUCUCAUCUCCUGAAUAUGUCUCGUCUCUAUCUCCCUUCCUCUUCCUCGUCCUCUCUCCCGCUUGCGAAUGUACUUCUGAAUUGCGUACUAAGGAAUCGUGGUGCUACUAGCUGUUGUUUCUCCCGCUCUCGUGUCCUGUAUACCUGUGCUUUCUCGCUGUGUAUUACUAUCGCAUCUGUUGUCGCUGGAUAAGACAAUGCUAUUUUGUGUUUCUUCUACUGUACUUCUCCUCUAUGGCGUGUAUUCCGCCGAAAAAAUAAUCACGGUCGCGUUUCCG